AUGGAAAGGAUGAUGUUGAAGUUUUCUGUUCAGAAAAGUGGAUGUACCCCGGAAACUAGAAAUGGUUGGUUGGAAGUGCAGAAGGCCUUUCGUGAAGCAGGCUUGGAUUUCCCGAAAGAGGCUAUUAUAAUACAGGGUGUUGCUAUAAGACAAGAAAAUUCCUUGUUGGAUAACACUGCCAGAAUUGAAGGUUGGAUAGCUAGAUUUCCUAUGUUUGAUUGGGUGGGAGGGGUAGAACGUCAGAGAUGUCUGCAGUUGGCCUACUUCCAGCAGCCCUUGCGAGAAAUACUUGCUGGUGCAUCUUUGAUGGAUGAGGCAAAUAGAGGUGAAGGUGUAGGAUCCAAGCUGUAUCCCCCAAUUGAGGAUGGCAACGCUGGCGCGUACCAAUGCGGGCUCUUGUUGAACGGGAUGGAAAUUUCAGUUCGCAUAGAUGAACAACACGAUCACUUUGUGAGUGAAAAGGUUGGUAAUUCAGAGAAGUGA